ACACACACACGUCGAUCACGGAGAACGAGAUGAGAAUGAGAUGAGAACAGUCAUGGAGGAGCUGAGCGCGGUGGGAGAGCAGGUCUUUGAUGCCGAGUGUAUCCUCAACAAACGCAUAAAGAAGGGAAAACUGGAGUAUCUGGUCAAGUGGAGAGGAUGGUCGUCCAAGCAUAACAGUUGGGAACCUCAGGAAAACCUUCUUGACCCGAGACUAUUGGCAGCGUUUAACAAGAGGGAGCAGGAGCGGGAACUCUUGAUCAGUAAAAAGGGGAAACGGCCUCGUGGACGACCCAGAAAAAUAUUGGACACCAUUCCAGUGGUCUCCAAAUCAAGCAGCUCGUCCUCAUCAUCCUCGUCUUCUGGUUCGUCUUCAUCUUCCUCGUCUUCUUCCUCUUCUUCAGAUGACGACGACGAAGAUGAUACCGACAGGAAUCCGAAGCCGAGUCCUCGUCCACGAGAGCAUCACCCGGUCCCGCAGAAGAAAGCGCAGAUUGUCGUGGCCAAGCCGGAGCCGCCGAAGAAGCGAGGGAGGAAAGCGUUGCCUCCGGAGCUGAAGGCGCUGCGUCAGGCCAAAGGUCCUCGGAAGAUCCUCAAGCACUCGGACCUCAGAGGGAGCAUAAAGAAACCGCUCAUGCCCGCAAGCUUCACCUACACCGGGUUGAACCGAACCUCCGGAAGGGAGCCGAUGACACUGCAAAACAGAGGUGCUUUUACCCAGAAGAGUUCUUUAAGUUCCCUUGGACGCUCUGUCGGGUCAGCCUCCACGCCUCCUACACUAAGUCGGCCGGCACAAAUAAAAUCCUCCUCAGAUUUCAAGCUCUCGGUCUCGGAUAUGGGCAGCGGAGGAGUCGAUCCCAAAACGCCUACGUGCAAAUCUUCAGGAGUGGCGGCGUUGAAUGUGCACAGCAGCAAUGGACAAACCUGUCCACAACUCUCUCCAAAUAUGCCGAGAAAACAGGAGGCGUUGGACAAGACUCUUCUUCAAAGAUCAGCAGGAUCUCUCCAGAAAUCUCCAUCGAGCUCCUUUUCGUCUCUCAAAACGCCCUCCAGCCUUCAAGCGCUCAAUCUACAGAGCGUCGACAAAACGGCGCAGGGUAACGGGACCGACAGUGCCUACUUGAAGGGUUCCCCUAAUCCGGGCAGGAAAAGUUCUGGGUUUAACACAAGACACGAGCAGAGUCCUGCACCGAACGUCCCUAGUAAGUUCACGCCCAACCAACAAGUCCUAAAGAGUCCGCAGCGGGAGAAAUCCAAAGCGGACGAUUUGUCCGAGAGGCUCGGGAAGAAGAAUCAAGGUCGAGCCGAUAAGAUUCUGGCUCAGACUCCGGCGCCCGAGGGUCGAGAUUCCCAACCGGUGCAAGACAGAGCCUUGUCUAAAGAUCCCGGGAAACAAGGCAAGACUCUGAGCGAGUUGAGCACCGGAGAAGAGGGAAGCAGCUCGGAUUCUGAACACGAUUCCUCGUUUCCGAGGGACAACCGGGACCUGGGCAUCUCGGUGCAGGCGGGACAGGACUGGAGGCCGACGAGGAGCCUGAUAGAGCAUGUAUUUGUCACCGACGUCACUGCAAAUCUGGUCACUGUGACGGUGAAGGAGUCGCCCACCAGCGUCGGGUUUUUUAACAUCCGUAACUAUUGAAUGUCGUCAACUGAAGCUGCAGCUACUCUGGGGAUAAUCGGGAGAAGCUUCGAAAGAAUUAGCUUUCUUGGUGCUUCUCAAUCUUCAAUGGAUUUUACUUGUUUUAACUCUUUUAGUUGGUCAGUUUCUUGGAGUAGACCAAUGCCUGAAGACCAGCUCAAUCAGAGACAUGUGUAGUCUCACCUAAUUUGAAUCCAGCGUAAAUGUAUGUUACCGACCAUUCGUCUUGGUUUCCACAGCAGGGAUGGCUUCUUGUUCUCUUGAUGUUGAUUCCGAGUACUGUAUUAGUAAAGAAGAAAAUCAGAACAAAUGUAUCCAAAGUGUUUUAAAGCUGAAUCUCAGAUCACAUCUUUUAAGGUGCCUGUUUGUAAAGCUGUCCUCUUUCUGCCUGAUAACAGUUAUAACUGAGGGUUUGUUUUUCCUUCUAGAGUGAAUGUGGGCAUUUUUUUUAUACUACACAACAGUUCUUUGUUUAUUUAUUAUUAUUUCUUACUGGUUUUUUGUUGUUAGGUGACAUGCUGAAACACACAGUAAAGAUACUUUUUUAUACAAAAUUC